CAAUUUAUUGCUGCGGCUUCUCCUGGGACCCGGGAGCCCACCGGGGGAGCCGGAGACUGCAGAUCUCUCCGAUGGAGCCAGGGGAGGAACCAGGCCCCUUGGAUGCAGAGGAAGGGGAGAUCGUGACAGGCACCUGCACAGAGGAUGGGAUGGUGAAGAUAAAGGAGGAGAAUUGUCUGGAGGAAGCAAAAUCUCAUUUGAGUUUAUUGGGAAUGUUGGCGGGGAAAGUUUCCUUGAGUCCUGAGCGGGUGGCAGCAUGUGACUCUCAAUGCAUAUCAGACAGUCAGGAAAAAAUUCCUGGAGAGACAUCACAGGGUAAAGCCACUUCCACUGGCAGAGCUCUCAGGAAAACUAAAAAUAACAAAGCCCAUCAGAGAAUUAACACUGCAGAGAAACCUUAUAACUGCCCUCAGUGUGGCCAAAGCUUCAAUGUGAGCUCAGACCUUGCUGUGCAUCAGACAAUCCACGCUGAUGAGAGACCCUAUAAAUGCAUGGAAUGCGGGGAAAUCUUCAAUUGGAAAUCAAUCCUUGUUACUCACCAGAGAAUCCACACUGGAGAGAAGCCUUAUAAGUGCCAUGACUGUGGGAAAAGCUUCCGUCAGAACUCAACACUUAGGACACAUGAGAAAAUCCACAGGGCAGAGAAACCCUAUGAGUGCCCAUAAUGUGGGAAAAACUUCCAAGUGCGCUCCUACCUUCUUACACACGAGAGGACCCACUCUAUAGAUAAACCCUUUAAAUGCUCCGACUGUGGGAAAAGCUUCUGUGCAAGCUCUGAUCUUAUGAAACAUCAGAGAAUCCACACAGGAGAGAGACCCUAUAAAUGCCCCGACUGUGGGAAAAGUUUCAAUGACUGCUCAGCCUUUAUAAAACACAAGAAAAUCCAUGUGGCAGAGAAGCCCUAUAACUGUAUUGACUGUGGGAAAAGCUUCCAUGUUAUUUCAGCCCUUACUGUACAUCAGGCAAUCCACUCGGGAGAGAGACCCUACAAGUGUCCUGACUGUGGGAAAAGCUUCAUCCUGCGCUCAUGCCUUAUUAGACAUCAGAGAAUCCACUCUGGUGCUAAACCUUAUACAUGCCCCGACUGUGGGAAAAGCUUUCGUCUGAGCUCAACCCUUUGUACGCAUCGGAAAAUCCAUACAUCAGAGAAACCCUAUGAGUGCCUCAAAUGUGGGAAAAGAUUCCGAGUGAGCUCCUACCUUCUUACGCAUGAGAGGAUUCAUACUGUAGAUAAACCUUAUAAAUGCUCUGACUGUGGGAAAAGCUUCAAUGCGAGGUCCUACCUUAUCAAACAUCAAAGAAUCCACAAGGGAGAGAGACCCUUUAAAUGCCUUGAAUGCGGGAAAAGCUUCAAUCACAGAUCAACUCUUAUCACCCAUCAGAGAAUCCACACUGGAGAGAAGCCCUAUAAAUGUCCCAAUUGUGGGAAAAGCUUCAGUGUGAACUCAGACCUCAUUGUACAUCAGAGACUCCACACGGGAGAAAGACCCUAUAAAUGCCUUGACUGUGGGAAAACUUUCCGUGUGAGCUCACAUCUUACUAGACAUCAGAGAAGCCACACUGGUGAGAGACCCUAUAAAUGCCUGGUCUGUGGGGAAAACUUCAGUGACUGCUCAGGACUUAUUAAACAUAGGAGAAACCACACAGGAGAAGAACCUUAUAAAUGCCCUGAGUGUGGGAAAAACUUUAGUGUGAAUUCAGCCCUUAUUGUACAUCAAAGAACUCACACGGGAGAGAGACCCUAUAAAUGCCUUGUCUGUGGGAAAAGCUUCAGUGACUGCUCAGGAUUCAUUAAACACAGGAGAAUCCACACAGAAGAGAAACCUUAUAAAUGUCCUGAAUGUGGGAAAAGCUUCAGUGACAGUUCAAGCCUUAUUAAACAUAAGACAAUCCACACAGGAGAGAAAAUCUAUAAAUGCCCUGAAUGUGGGAAAAGCUUUAGUCAUAGCUCAGCCCUUUUGAAACACCAAAGAAUCCAUACAGGAGAGAGACCCUUUAAAUGCCUUGAAUGUGAGAAAAGGUUCACUGACAGCUCAGCCCUUAGGAGACACUGGCGAAUCCACUCAGAAGACAGGCCCUAUAAAUGCCCCGACUGUGGGGAACGAUUCAGUGUGACCUCAGGCCUUAUUAGGCACCAGAAAAUCCACACUGAGGAGAGACCUUUUAAAUGUAGUGAGUGUGGGAAAAGCUUCCAGUCAAACUCACUUCUUAAAACACAUCAGAGGAUCCAUACAGGAGAAAAACCAUAUAAAUGCCCCAAGUGUGGGAAAAGCUUCCGUCAGAGCUCCCAUCUUAUAAGGCAUCAGAAUGUACAUAUGGAAUAGGUGUUCACAAUGUUUUUCAUUGUUACUUUUGUUAUGGUGUUUCUCACAGUUCUGCUACACUCAGUCAAAUGGGGAUGAUGGGAUCUAUGCUUGGCUGGGUUUUACAGGGUACCCGCUAUGGAUUUAAAGGGUCCAUGCCAUGCCCUGGCCACAAAGGCAGGCCCCCUGGCCUCAACACCUCUAAGACUUUGGACUCUAGUGAAUCCAUCUAAGGUAGACUCCUGGUCUGAGACUCUCUUCCCCUCCCCACCCCCAGGGAUCAAUGCACUUCAGGUGGUGUUGGUAGCAACACCAGGCAGGUGUUUUCCAAACAGGAUAGGUUUAAAUAAUCAACUGGGAUACAGUAUCAGGAAGUCCUUAGGUUCACUUAGGCCAUACCUACACUAUCAUGUAUGUUGGCAAAACAUACAUCACUCAGGGGUGUGAAAAAAACACAGACCUGAGCAACAGAAAUUUCACCGGCAUAAGUGCUAGUGUGCACGGUGCUAUGUCAGUGGGAAAAGCUGUCGUUGGGGGUGGUUUAAUUAUGUUGAUGGGUGAGAGCUCUCCCGUUGGCAUAGGGCGGUUACUCGAGAGAUCUUACAAUGGUGCUAGUGCAUCGGUACAGAUGUGCCGCUGUAAGCUCUCUAGUGUAGACAUAGCCUUAGAGAAGCAAAGGUGAAAACCAAGUUCAGACUGGUCAAAGCCAGGGCUUCACAAAUCCAUGCUGUUGUAGGAUCCAUCUUCUCUCUCUGUCCUUCUGUCUCUCAGUCCUGAAUGAGAACUCCUAUGUGUCUGUGAACCUUCUUCUUAAACAAUGAUCCCUGACACCUCUUGUCUCUGCUCUCUGGAAAAAGCCAUGCUAUGUUCACACAUUCAGCCUGCUUGAACCGCCUGUUGUUAAGUGUUAAUGUGAGUCAUUGUCUCUUCUGGAUCCUCCAUUGGUAUAUUUUGGUUCCAGCCAGCUCCUGAGGGUGCAUUCAUGCCAUCGCAGAGAGAUCAAACAUUAUACGUCUCCUUCCCUGUUACAGGAGAAGCAUUUUAUUCUGUCUGCAUCCAAUGAGUAACAAUGCAAAGACAGAUGGCCAACUGAGACUCAUAUUGGUCAUAAAAUUAUUGCAGAAAAUUCCCACAUUCAUUAUAGAUGGGUCCUGGGGCACUGAGAGAUUGGUGAUCGAGGAAGCAAAAUGGAGAGUGCUGGGGAAUGGAAUAUUUGGAAGUUAGGUUGUUGCUGGAUGGGCACAGGCAAUGGGCGAGGGAGGUUGGGUGCUGGUGAGUGGGUUACUUGGAGACUGAGAUGGGAGAACUGUCCUGAACUCUAAAUGUUUUACUUCUCCAACAGAGAAUGAAAAGCAACAUACCCCCAGCUUCCAUCCAACUCAUGGUCUGUUACAAAACCUCAGCAGUGACUGUUAAAGCAGAUUAAGUUCCCAAAUACACAGGCUGUGGAAGAGUCAGAUGUGUUCAACUGUUGAUACUUGAGAGUACAACUUCAUCAGUCAGGCUAUGCAGAGGGUUGAAUGGGGUGAAUGUUUCUUUUUGGUGUCUGUUAGCAAUGGAAGUGAAAGCCUUAUGGAGCAUUGGUGCAUGUUAUCCACAAUGUUGUAGCUGAUAUGAAGGUGGCAAGGAAUACAGGAUUCUUUUCCCUUCUAAUUCCCAUGUUUUAUGGUGCUGGGUGGCUGGCAUAUGUUCUGAUGCCACCUUCACUGUCACUAAAUACAGUUUUCUUUGUGUUACUUAUAUAUAGAAACUUUCAAACAAAUGUUUUUCCCCAAUAUUCUGAGUUCAUGUUUUUUCUCCUCCAUCCCCAAACCCUGGUGUUUUGAGUAGAAGUAGCUCAUGGUGGGUAGUGUUCAAGUCAAGCCAGCUUUUACAAAUCAUUUUUCAAAGUGAAAAAUACUCUCCAACAUCUUCUUACUGGUUCCUUUUUGUUGUCUCUGUCCAUCAUUUCUGUUGCAACCAAAGUCUAACUUUCAGCCCCUCCCUCUUCUGUCUUCAAAAAUAAAAUUUCUCGCCUUCUAAAAAAUGCUAAAGUGAACUCUCUGUGAGAGGGAGAAAAUGUCCAGAACACAUCAAAGAAAAUGUUUUUGAGAAGACCUCCCCCUCCCAAGGACUCCUUUAAAUUUUGAUCACCUGUAGGUGCUGUGUAUGGCAACAGAAAGAGUUUUUCUGAUGACAUAGGGAGUGUCUACACUGCAAUACAAGCCCAGGGUUAGUGGGACUCGAGUCAGCAGAUGCUGGGUUUGAGAAACAAUGGCUUGACCAUUUGCACUGAUUGCCAAACUCAGGUUUAGAAUUUUUUAGCAUCCACACUGCAGUACACAGAUCUGAGUCCAACCAACCAGAUGGCAGACUUCCUAGCACUCUCCAGAAGUGUGGCUGGUCUAGACCUUCAUUCCUGGUGCAGCAUGGGAAAUCUUGACUGUCCACACGGCACGUUGCAGGAAGUUUGAACAGCCACCAACACAUCCUGCCAAACCAUCAUU